AUGGCCGAGCAAAAGACUUCCACUUUUGGCAUAUGUGGCCGGAUGUUUUCCAUUGCCCAUGAUCUUGGCUAUUACAGAUCUGUUGCAGUCACAGGCAUAUACUCUUCCAGUCUGCGGAAGGUUGAUCUUGAGCAAAGACUGGACGCGAGUGUGCAAGCUGCCAUUCGAGAGCAUCCGGCACUCUGCUACAUUCUGUCUGACCAGACUACGGAUGACGGCUCAACUAUUUUCGCAAGCUUCAAGGAAGUUGAUCGCGAUGAUCUGAUCGAAGUGAUCAAUUAUUCCUCUGAAACUUCGAGCGAGGAAGGUUCGGAGUCAGCGGCGGACAGUCUACUUCGUCAACGCCUAGAAAACGCCCACACAAGUUUUUGGCCUGUUGGAAAGCCUGCAUGGAGAAUGAUCAUCAUUCACCAUCCUACCGAAAAGUCUCUUCUUGGAGAGGCUGCUCAGAGUGAUUCGGAAACACUCGAAGAGCGCAGAUUUGAUAUUGCCUUUGUUUUUCAUCACGCCAUAGCCGAUGGGCUCAGUGGCUUGGCAUUUCACAACACAAUGAUGAAGCAUUUUUCACUGAUCUCUGAUGCAUCUUCAAAAGUAAAAUGGCCGUUGGUUGUGGACUGGGAUGUUUCACUACCCAAUUUAGUAGAGGAACGCAUCGACUUAAAUAAUCCGCAGAGGUCGGAGAGUGAACAGCCUGCAACACAUGGUAACCAACCAGCAUGGCCUGGAGAUACAAUAACUCUACCGCCAGGGAACGGAUAUCGAUCCAGAGUUCAUAUGGCAAUCGUACCACCCGAAACCUUGAGUUCAUCUCUAAAAUUUUGCAAGAGUCAGGGCAUUACAUUGACAGGGUAUCUUCACGGGCUCAUAUGCGUGUUCUUGAGCAGAGAGGCCGCGGAGGCGCCUGGUUUUCGCUUGGUCACACCAUAUUCAUUGCGCCAAUUCACCAAGACCAGCGCACAGGAUAUCGCGUUUCAUGCGGCAUCUAUGGCGAUGUAUGUUCCUGAAUCUGGUCUAGCCGCGAUACGGAAGACGCAGCCUCAGUCUUCCGAGGAGAGGGAACAUGUUGUUCAAAUCGCGAAAGAUUUUAGCGAGUCAAUGGCGCGGGAGGUGGCCGCCUCUUCUUACAUUGAUGAGCUCCGCGACGUCCCAGAUGGGAUCGAGCUUCGCAAGUCGGCGUUGGAGAUAUUGGGUAAGCGGAGGACUAAGAGCUACGAAAUAUCCAAUCUCGGAGUUGGACAGAAUCCAACCGCUGAUCAAGAUGCGAAGCGCAUGGCGCUCCGACGUCUGAUGAUGACUCAAAGCGGUUCCGUAACUGGUCAUGCGUUCUCAGUAAAUUGCGCUUCGGUCAGAGGCGGCCCUCUAACACUAUCAAUAACAUGGUCGAAUGGCGUCGUGGAAGAUCAACUUAUCAACUCGCUUUCUUUGUACUUAAAACGAUCUAUGGAGAGGCUUUCCACGGGUGAAUAA